AUGAACAUUGAAGGUCCUUUUCGCUAUUUCAGAGCUCCAGAUGUAUCCGCAUCGAGUGCUCCAAAAAUAGCUACGAAGGAUCUUCCCCACUGCAUAGACUGUGGUGGCCUUCUGCGUCCUCAUGUUGUUUGGUUCGGUGAGAACCUUGAUCCGGUCGAUUUAGGAGCUGCCGAGCAGGCCGCCCUAUCAGCUGAUAUUUGCCUGGUUGUAGGAACAAGUUCUGUGGUUUAUCCAGCUGCUGGUUUGGUUCUGAAAGCUGCCAAGCGUGGAAUUCCUGUCGCUGAGAUCAACCUGGAACCAACUCCUGCAACCAGUGCCGUUCCGUAUGAUUAUUUUGCUGUUAUUAACAUGCACUUAUCAGCAGAACUACAAUUUCUAAAGUCAAUUAAGAAAAGCGCUUAG